UUUUUGUACAUAAAAACCAAAAAUAAAAACAAAAAAGCCAAACUACGAAAUAAAGUGCGCCGUACCGCAGUUUUAUUUAAAUAUACAAUACAAACAUAUUUUUUAAAGGUGAAAUCAGUUGUUUUGUCGUGUACCGAAUUUUAAUUUCAAAAUUGUUUGAUAAAAGUACAAACCUAUCGAAGUGCUCAAUAUUUGAACACAUUCACAACAAACAAACGUACAGAACGUGCUGGCAAGAAUUUUUAAAAAGCAAUGCAUGAUCACAUUGAAACUUCAGCAGCUUUUGUACCAAAAAGUUCGCAAGAAAUUGCCUUGAAUGCCGCCCAAGAGGAGUAUAAUUUAGUACCUGAGCCCGUCAGUAUAGAAUUCGAAGACUUAUCAUAUGCAGUUGUUUGGGGAAACAUCAGGAAAAAACGCAAAGAAAUUCUUCAUGGAUUAAGCGGAAAAAUACCAAGCAGCCAAUUAGUUGGCAUUAUGGGGCCAUCAGGUGCUGGAAAAUCAAGGCUUAUAGAUGUGCUUUCCGGGUUUACAACUAAAGGCAUAACUGGAUCUAUUUUAGUGAAUGGAACAUUGCGUAACUCAGCACGUUUCAGAUCCAUGUCCUGUUACAUAACACAAGAUGACAGACUGCAAGAACUGCUGACUUUAGAAGAAAAUAUGAGUAUUGCUGCUGAACUAAAGUUGGGGAAAUCAAAAGGAGAAAAGCAAAAAAAAGAUAUCAUCGACGAGAUUACAAAUGCACUGGGUUUAUCGGAGCAACGCCACACAAAAACAUCUGAAUUGUCAGGUGGACAGCGGAAAAGACUCUCGAUCGCUUUGGAGCUGCUCAACAACCCCACUAUAAUGUUCCUCGAUGAACCAACCACCGGCUUGGACAACAGUUCAUGUACAAAGGUGUUGGAGUUAUGCAAACACUUGGCACAGCGAGGUCGAACUAUUAUUUGCACGAUUCACCAGCCGAGUGCAAGACUUUUCCAGCUAUUUGAUCAGGUGUAUAUAUUGGGGUCUGGAAAAUGUGUGUACCAGGGCUGCCCAAAUAAGUUAAUGCCAUUUCUAGAGUCCGUCAAUUUACCAUGCCCACUAUAUCAUAAUCCAGCCGAUUUCAUUAUUGAAUUAGUGGUGGGAGAAAAUAGCAAAGAAAACAUUGAUUACUUGAAUUCGAAUAUUCAAAAUGGCAAAUGUACUGCUUGGCUUCGAAACUGCUGCACGGAUUCCUUUACAUCAGCCGACAAUCUACAUAAGACGAGCGCUUCAGAUGUCGAACCACCGAGAACUGAAAUCGGCUAUUACUAUCAGUUACAGGUUCUUUUACGACGCGAUCUAAUCAAAAUGAAACGAAAUAAAAUGCUGACGCACCUACGAAUAGCCGCGAACGUUUUUGUUAGUAUAAUUUUGGGCGCUAUUUUUGUCAAUGUGGGCAGCGAAGCUUCACGAAUGCACCAAAAUUUUAACUGCUUAGUCGUUGUAAUGUUAAAUAACGUCAUGGGCACGGCACUAUUGACCUCUGUAACAUUUCCACUUGAAAUGUCUGUUUUACUUAAAGAACACUUUAAUCGGUGGUAUUCAUUGAAAGCCUACUACACCGCCAUUACAUUAAUGGAUCUUCCAAUAACGUUUAUUUGUUGCCUUUUGUUUUCCGUAAUCGUCUAUGUUUGGACUUGCCAACCAAUGGAACUAUCACGUUUUUCUAUGUUCAUGGCGGUGAACUUCUUGUCGAUUGUUGUUGGUCAAAGUUGUGGACUUCUAUUGGGUGCAUGGUUCAAUGUGACUAAUGCUUUCUUCUUAACAACAAAACUGAUGAUAAUAGCGCUAAUAUUUUGUGGUCAAAGCAUUGUCCGUCGAGAUAUGCCUCCAAUAUUCCGCUGGGGUACAAGUCUUUCGUACUUUCGCUACUCUUUAGAAGGACUUAUAAGUUCUGUUUACGGACAAAAUCGACACCGAUUAAGUUGUAACGGGGCAUUUUAUUGUCACUAUAAAUAUCCAAAACAAUUUAUGGAGGUAAUGGAUAUACCUGAUCGAUACUGGACUGAUAUUGCUGCACUAUUUUUAAUCUCUAUGAUUUUUAGGAUAGCUGCAUAUUUUGUUUUAAAAGUUAAAAUACAAUCAACAAGAUAAAACCUAGGGUAAUAAGUUAUGGUGAA